AUGUCAUCCACGUACAAGACCAAGCUUGCGUCCAUCCCGCGCGAGCAGUUCCUCUUUGGCCCGUCGCCAAUCCAGCACCUGCCCAACCUGCAGCAACACCUCGGGGGCAAGGUCAACAUCUAUGCCAAGCGGGACGACUGUAACAGCGGGCUGGCGUACGGGGGCAACAAGGUGCGGAAGCUCGAGUACCUCGUAGCCGACGCCAAGGCCCAAGGCGCCGACACGCUCGUGUCCGUUGGCGGCGUGCAGAGCAACCACACGCGCGCCGUGACGGCCGUCGCGACGGCGAGCGGGAUGAAGGCCGUGACGGUACAGGAGAAGUGGGUGCCCAUCGACCCGCCGCUGUACGACAAGACGGGCAACAUCCUCCUCUCGCGCAUCAUGGGCGGGGACGUGCGGCUUAAUGCCGAGGGGUUCGAUAUCGGGCACAAGGCGGCCACGGAGGCGGCGUUCAACGAGGUCAAGGCGAAGGGCGGGAAGCCAUACUACAUCCCCGCCGGGGCGUCAGACCACCCGCUCGGCGGGCUGGGUUUCACGAACUUUGUCGUCGAGCUCGCGGCGCAAGAGGCCGCGCUGGGCAUCUUCUUCGACACGCUCAUAGUGUGCAGCGUGACGGGCUCGAGCCAUGCCGGGCUCGUCGUCGGCGCCGUGGCCGAGGGCAAGGGGCGCAAGGUGAUCGGCAUCGACGCGAGUGCCAAGCCCGACGCUACACGCGAGCAAGUUACCCGUAUCGCGCGGGCUACGGCGCAGCUGCUCGACCCGGCGCUGCACAUCCCCGACGAGGCGGUCGUGCUCGACGAGCGCUUCCACGCGGGCGUGUAUGGCGUGCCCGAUGCGCAGACGAUCGCGGCGAUCGAGACUGCCGCGCGCACAGACGCAAUGAUCACCGACCCCGUGUACGAGGGCAAGUCGAUGGCGGGCCUCAUCCGCCUCGUGGAGGAAGGCGCCAUCGCGCCGGGCGCCAACGUCCUCUAUGUGCAUCUUGGCGGGCAGCCCGCGCUGAAUGCGUACAGCAGCUACUUUUGA